UAAUUGACAAUCAAUCAUAAGACAAGAAUCAUAUGUGAUAUGUGUUUAUAAUAUGAAUUGUUCUCAUAAUAAAAAAGAAUGAGUUAUCCACUCAGAACUGUAACAAUCACUUCCCCAGCUCGCUUAAUUACUACCUUUUCCACACACCGGUUCCUUGCAGCUUGCACUUGCAGAUUUCGGUGUUUCAGUACUAGUGUCAUGAAUAAAGUAGCAAUGGAUAUGUCUAAGGUUACAGUUAUAGAUGAUGUUCUUUCUCUCCAAAAUAAAAUUGAUGCAAUUCGAACGGCGGGUACUUCUAAGCUCCAGGUAAUAGCAGAUUUUGAUGCCACUUUAACGAAGUACUCCGUGAAUGGCAGCCGUGGACAAAGUAGUCAUGGGCUUUUGAAGCAGGGGAAUCCAGAAUAUGAUGCUAAAAGGCAAGCAUUGUUUGAAUAUUAUCAUCCUCUUGAAUUUUCCUCUGUUAUUCCAGUUGAAGAGAAAGCCAAGCUCAUGGAAGAAUGGUGGGGGAAAACCCAUAAUCUUCUUAUCGAAGGAGGCCUUACAUAUGAUGCAAUUAGAGAGUCUGUUGCUAAUUCCAUUAUUGCUUUUCGGGAUGGGGUUGUUGAAUUAUUCAAACUCUUAGAGGAAAAAAACAUUCCUAUUCUCGUUUUUUCAGCAGGACUUGCAGAUAUCAUAGAGGAGGUCUUCAGGCAGAAAAUUCACAGAUCCUUUAAAAAUGUCAAGAUUGUCUCAAAUCAAAUGGUAUUUGACAAUGAUGGUCGCCUCAUUUCUUUUAAAGGGAAGGUAAUUCAUGUUCUAAAUAAAAAUAAACAUGCCCUUGAUAUGGCUGCACCUGUUCAUGAGCAUCUUGGCGAUGUUGAUGGACUACUUGUUAACAAUUCCUUAGUGAAGAAGAGAACCAAUGUGCUGCUUCUUGGUGAUCACCUGGGUGACUUGGGAAUGUCUGACGGCUUGGACUAUGAGACUCUAAUUUCUAUAGGGUUCCUGAAUAACAACAUUGAGAACAACCUUCCUAGCUACCGCGAGUCCUUUGAUAUUGUUUAUCUGAAUGAUGCAUCCAUGUGGGGGGUAGUCAAGCUCGCUUCUCAGCUCUGUGCAAGUGCAGUUUCAUAAGAUCCUCAUCAAAGAAUGGUGAUUCGACGAUGCGUGUAUGGAGAGGAGAGCCUCCAGAUUUUGAGACAUUGCCAUCAGGAACCGAUGGGAGGUCAUCAAGCAGCUAACCAUACUGCUAGGAAGGUUCUUGAUGCUGGAUUCUAUUGGCCGACCAUCUUUCAGGAUGCUAGAGCAUUCCUGCAGGUUUUGCUCUACAAUUCACGUCUCUGUUUGUUCUCAGGGAAGCUCAGGAGUCGUUGGUCAGGACCAUUCGUGAUCCAGCAGGUGUUCCCAUAUGGCACGAUUGAGUUGUAUCAUCCCGAGAAGGGAAAUUUCAAAGUGAAUGGCCAUCGCUUGAAGCAUUAUCAUGGAGAUUCGUUUGAGGUCGAUGAGCAGGUCAAUAUGGUUUUGUUCCAGCGAGAGUGACCUUUUGUAUUAGUUCAGCUACACGACUCAGUCAAAAGAAGCACUAUUGGGAGGCAUUCCCGAGCUUAUCCUUUGCAUUUCUGCAUUUUUAAGCAUUUUAUUAUUUUUUCUUUUUGCAAUUUCUACUUAGCUUGUUUUACAUUUUGGUUAGUUUUGAACUUAAAUCUUUUCAUUUUUAUGUUGUUUAUUUUGGUUGAAAAUUACUUGGUUAUGUAGAUUAUUGGUUUAUAUAGGUGUUAGUGCACAAAACAGAGUGAAAGCACAUUUUUGGGCAUCAACACUGGCUUGGCACGGUUUCCAACACGGGCCGUGUUGGUCAACACAGCCCGUGUUUGAUUGCCCAGGGCGCGUUGGUUGUGAAAAAUAGAGCUACACGGUUCUCGAGAGUAACACGGUUUCCAACACGGCCCGUGUCAAAACCGUGUUGAUUAGGUGUUCAUAGACACGGUCCAGAUAGCGAGCACAGCUUGAACACGGUCCACAACACGGGCGUGUCGGCGGAGACGGCUAUAUAUAUGCAAAAUCGAGACAAUUUCAAAAUUUUUACCAUUUUUUCCAAUUUUGUAGUAUUCUUUUACAAUUCUUGUGCUUUUUUUCUCGCUUUUCGUCAUAAACCAAGUAAGUUUUCUUUUUUA